GGUGGGCUGCGCGGGAGGGGGGACUGGCGCGGAGGCAGCGGCAGGACCGGAGGAUGGUCCCCGCGGUGGGGCCGCCGCUGCUCAGCCCGCCCAGCCCCGCUGCUCUCUUCUCCGAAACCAUGCCAGAGAUGACAGAGAAUGAGACACCUACCAAGAAGCAACAUCGAAAGAAAAACCGGGAAACACAUAAUGCAGUGGAAAGACAUCGAAAGAAGAAGAUUAAUGCUGGGAUAAACAGAAUCGGAGAACUCAUUCCCUGCUCUCCAGCACUUAAGCAGAGCAAGAACAUGAUCCUGGAUCAGGCCUUUAAGUAUAUAACAGAAAUGAAAAGACAGAAUGAUGAACUUCUGUUAAAUGGAGGGAACAACGAACAGGCUGAAGAGAUAAAAAAACUCCGGAAACAACUGGAUGAACUGCAAAAGGAGAACGGGAGAUACAUUGAACUACUGAAAGCAAAUGAUAUUUGCCUGUAUGAUGACCCUACAAUCCACUGGAAGGGAAAUCUCAAAAAUGCCAAGGUCUCAGUUGUUAUUCCCAGUGAUCAGGUUCAAAAGAACAUCAUUGUCUAUUCAAAUGGGAGUCAACCCAAUGGAAAUAACCAGGGAGCAUCUGUCCAGGGAAUAACAUUUAAUGUUGGUCAUAAUUUACAAAAGCAAACAGCCAAUGUUGUGCCAGUCCAGAGAACUUGCAACCUAGUGACUCCUGUGACGAUUUCUGGUAUUUACCCCACAGAAAAUAAGCCAUGGUCACAAACUACAGUUUCUCCCGUGGUGUCUGCUCAGACAGCUCCAGCAGGGAAUGUUCUUGAGCUUUCCACCCCGGAGAAUGAGCGAGGCGUGCUUACCACUGCUACCACUGGCUCGCAGAGCGCAUCUCAAUCUGGAACAGAACAGGAACUCCAGUGUUCUUCAAGUAAUGCACUACAGAAUGAUCAAAAUCUCCCCAAAAGUAAAAAUGAUGAGGAGGGCACUAAAUUAACUAAGAAAACACUCCUCCAGGGAAUCAGCCUUCCUUCCAGUGCCUCUACGGAAGCCUCCAAAAUUCAACAAGUGAAUGCAGCUUGCUCAGAUACACACAAUUCUAGGAGUGACCUUCAGGAAAGCUGUGUCAUUUCAACCACAGACACAGCUGGUGUGCCAUCUGUGGGGCUGUCUGCUGCAGAUAGUUCUUCCUCUGUAAAUGUCCUCAAAAGUACAGACUUAGUAAGUACUGCUGGGAUGCCGGUGACUUCUGCAGCAGCAGGAGUUAAGGCUGCGACGGCAAUAAGCACUCUGCCUGCCAUUUCCCUAGAGAACUGCUGGUCUUUUUCAGGCUCUUCAGGUGUUGGCACUUCAGACUUGAAAAACAUGAGUAGCCUUACACGGAUGCCUUCAGCUGGAAACACACAGACCACAUGGACAACUUUGCAGCUAGCUGGAAAUACUGUUCAGCCACUAAGCCAAACACCAUCUGGUAUAAUGACUGCAGUAUUAAAUGAGCCAGUUAAUGGUGCUGGUACUGCAUCUUCUGCUCACAGCAGGCCUUUGACUGCAAGUAUCAGUUUGAAUACUUCUCUGCCUGGGGAUGGACAGGCAGCUGAACAGAUUGUAGUUACCUUGCCCUCGUGCCCACCCUUACCUAUGCAGCCAUUAAUCAGCCAGCCACAGGUUAAAACUCAGGCUGCAGGAAAUCUCCUUCCAUUAAAUUCAGCUAUGCAGGUGAUUCAGAUGGCUCAGCCAGUCGCAGCAGCUGUUACAGGAGCACCAGCUAACCAGAAUGUCAUCAUUCUCCAGCCUCCAAACCCUGCUCCGUGCCCUCCGAUUGUGAGAGCUGAAGUUCCCAGCCAAACUGUUAGUCAGCAAAUUGUCAUUAUACAAGCUGCUAACCAGAAUCCUCUUCCCCUCCUCUCUGCCCAGCCCUCUGCUUCUGUGAGAGUUCCCGUGAAUGGGCCAACUGCAAUUGCAAACUCCAGCAGCUCCAUACAAAAUGUGUCUCUUCCACAGACUUUUGGAGGGAAACACCUUGUCCAUAUAUUACCAAGACCGUCGUCUUUGCCAUCUUCUAGCUCUACGCAGACGUUUUCAGUUACGAUGUCCAAUCAACAACAUCCUCAAACUAUCUCAUUAAACGGGCAGCUCUUUGCAUUGCAGCCUGUGAUGUCUUCAUCUGGAGCUUCCAAUCAAGCCCCUAUGCAAAUUAUUCAACCCACCACCAGCGAAGAUCCAAAUACCAAUGUUGCCCUCAAUACGUUUGGUGCUUUAGCUAACCUCAAUCAGAGCAUAUCACAAAUGGCUGGGCAGAGCUGCUUACACUUGUCUCUCAACCAUCCUCCCAAUCCCACAACUGUCAGUAACCAGAUUGCCACAGUUAACUGUGUGUCAUUGCCAACUUCUGUGGCAACUUCAGUACCUGCAGAGGUUUCGGUAUUAACUAGUGCAUCCAAUUCAAUAAAUGCUUCCCCAAAAAAAGCGGCUGCUGGCUUGCCAGCCAAUGCAAAGUCCAAAAGGACAAACAAAAAGCCAAGCACAAAAAAACACCAAGCAGUCACCACUAAAGUGUCCUGCCCAGCAGUUUCUUGCAAAGAUGCAGGGAAGGUGGACUGUACUGCUGUGGAAACGGUGGCAAAGCAUUCAAAUGGUGAGGGGCUGCUUGAAACCACUUCAGCAGUAUCACAAGCUUUAACAUCACAGGCAAGUGGUGCGGCAGCAUCGAGUGGUGUCGGUGUUCCUGACUGUCCUUCCAAAGACACCGCGCGCUCUGAGCAGGCAGUGAAAACCUGCCCUGUCCCUGAGCUGAGCUCCGCAGAGGCACCCGCUUCCUCGCUGCUGGAGUCCGUGGUGUCAGAGCAGCUACCACUGGUCCCACCAGCUGACAAAGAUGCUCCGCACCAGCAGGCCCAAGGAUCUCCGAACCAUCCACCAACUGACUCUGCCUCCUCAGAGUCUCCCAAGCCCGUGACCCCCCCCAGCACCUUAAUGUCCUCUCGUACUGAAGCACAUCCCCAGGUUGCUGGGACGUCAGCAGCACAGAGCAGCACAGCAGGUCAUCCCUCCAAGGCAGGAACGGUUUCAGAGCCCUGCAGCAUUGCGCAGGAUUCCUCAGCAGUGAUGCAAGAUGCAGACUUGCUGGAAGGACAGGGUCUAACCAAAAUGCUGUCUGACCUCACAAAAGAAAGAACAGCUGUGGAAAAAACCUCUUCGUUUGCCGUUCAGGGGGAGCAUUCUAAUUUUCCCAUGGAAAACUCUAAAUCAGCAGAAUCAAAUGUGGAUUUGCCCGACAAGCAGGAACUCUUGCUAAUGAACACGGAAGGUGACGCUCUCUCCCAGCAUCACUCCUGCAUUUCUGAUCAGGAAGUAGUCAGUGCUUCCCUUAUCGCUAGCAGGCAGGCAGACUCCCCGAUGUCAACUAGCUCUGGCAGCAGUCGAGGCUUCUCAGUUGCAUCUAUGUUGCCAGACACCACCAGAGAAGACAUCACUAGCAGCACCUCAACAAGUACAUGUAAUAGCUGCACAUUUUCAGAACAGACUGACAUUGUAGCUCUUGCAGCAAGAGCUAUUUUUGACCAGGAAAACCUUGAGAAAGGUGGCGGAGGAAUACAGGUUAACAUGAGGGAUGCCAUCUCUAAGUCAACUGAGGUUGCACCUUUGGAGAGAGAGCAACAGCCUUUUAAAGCUCAGCCAGUGAAAGAAAACAAUGCUGGGCCAUUGGAAGCAACACCAAACAAGUUCAGUGCUCAAGAUACAGUCCAGACAAACGUCGAUAGACAGGUUGAAAAUCCAAGCUGCUCUGUAGGAGGUGUGGAAACAUCAAACACUUCUUUGCAGAUUUCCUCUUCCCAGUCACCAAGCAUAACCAGUUUAAGUGUGAAUAAUCUAAUACACCAGAGUCGCAUUGUCCAUCCACUUGUGAGUUGCUCAAGUUUAUCCCAGUCUUCAGAGCCAGCAAUAGUCCCUGCAACUGUGAGCCUCUCCCUUCCAUCGAGCACAUAUGUUAAUCAGUCUCCAGGACCUGCUAUGAUGAGCGAAUACGCUCAGGAACAACUGAACGCUAUUAGGGCAAGCACCAUGCAGGCUUCCCAGCUGCAGGAAUCACACUUAAAGCAGCAAAAUCAUGAAGGUCGUAAAGACUCUGCCAAGCGGGCUGUUCAGGAUGACCUUCUGCUUUCUACAGCGAAGAGGCAAAAGCAAUGCCAGACAACACCCAUAAGGCUUGAAGGGAUGGCGUUGAUGAACCGAGCACCAGAGAGUAUUGCUGAUCAAACGCAAAUGCUGGUCAGUCAGAUUCCCCCUAAUUCAUCCAAUUCGGUGGUGCCAGUGAGCAAUCAAGGGCACACCGAUGGCCUUAAUAGGUUAUUCCCACCUAACAGCAACUUCGUAACGCCAGCUCUGAGGCAAACUGAAGUUCAGUGCAAUUCUCAACCAUCAAUUUCAGAGCAGCAAGGCCAGGCAGGGCAGCACUUGCAGCCAAUUCAACACGUUCCUGCUCAAGGCAUAUCUCACCUUCACAGUAAUCAUCCAUACUUAAAGCAACAGCAGGCUGGUCAGUUAAGGGAAAGGCACCACUUGUAUCAGCUGCAGCACCAUGUCACGCACGGGGAAAACUCAGUCCACUCUCAACCCCACGGUGUCCACCAACAGCGAACAAUACAGCAGGAGGUGCAGAUGCAAAAGAAGCGAAAUCUCAUCCAGGGAACGCAAGCCACGCAACUUUCUCUACCAAAACACCACGGAAGUGACCAGACACGGCAAAAAGGUGGUCAGCCUCAUCCUCACCACCAGCAAAUGCAGCAGCAGAUGCAGCAGCACUUUGGAGCUUCCCAGCCUGAAAAGAACUGUGAAAAUCCUGCAACAAGCAGAAACCAUCAUAACCACCCCCAGAGCCAUAUAAAUCAGGAUAUUAUGCAUCAACAGCAACAAGAUGUUAGCAGCAGGCAGCAAGGUUCAGGUUCUGAACAUGUGUCAGGGCAUAAUCAGAUGCAAAGACUUAUGACUUCAAGGGGCUUAGAGCAGCAAAUGGUGUCCCAGGCAAGUAUCGUAACCAGACCAUCAGAUAUGACGUGCACCCCUCACAGGCAGGAAAGGAACAGAGUUUCCAGCUACUCUGCUGAGGCACUCAUUGGGAAGACGCCCUCAAAUUCAGAACAGAGAAUAGGAAUAUCUCUUCAAGGCCCUCGGGUUCCUGACCAGCUUGAAAUGAGGAGCUACCUUGAUGUUUCUAGAAAUAAAGGGUUGGUGAUUCAUAAUAUGCAGGGCCGCUUAUCUGUCGACCAUACCGUUGGCUCAGAUGUGCAGCGGCUUUCUGAUUGUCAGACGUUUAAGCCAGCUGGACCAAACCAACAACCAACGGGCAACUUCGAUGUACAGGCUUCAAGAAACAGCGAAAUUGGUAACUCUGUGUCAUCCCUCAGGGGCAUGCAGUCGCAAGCGUUUCGGAUCAGUCAAAAUACUGGGCCAUCCAUAGAGAGACAGAAGAGAUUGCCCUACCAGCCAGUGCAGGGUAUUCCCACAGGAAAUACCCUGCCUUCGAGGGAAAAUGAAAACACAUGCCACCAAAGCUUUAUGCAGAGUUUACUUGCCCCUCACCUUGGAGAUCAAGUUAGUGGAAGCCAAAGAUCGAUCCCAGAACAUCAAAGGAACACACAGUGUGGCGCCUCCUCCACAAUUGAAUACAACUGUCCCCCGGCACGAGAGAGCGUCCACAUCCGAAGAGAUGGUGAUGGCCAGAGCAGGGAGAGCUGUGACAUGUCUAUUGGUGCAAUUAACACAAGGAACAGUUCUUUGAAUAUUCCUUUUUCAACUUCUUCUUCCUCGGGAGAUAUUCAGGGUCGCAAUACGAGCCCAAAUAUCUCUGUGCAGAAGUCCAAUCCGAUGAGGAUGACGGACAGUCAUGGAACUAAGAGCCACAUGAAUACGCCUGUUUCUAGCAACAUGCACGGAGUUGUGAGGCCAACCCACCCUCACCCUGCAGUUUCUCAUGGGAACGGCGAGCAAGGGCAACCUUCUGUUCGUCAGCCAAAUUCUUCGGUGGCUCAGCGCUCGAGGCACCCUCUGCAAGAUAAUGGAGGUUCUAAAAUACGUCAGCCUGAAAGGAAUCGAUCUGGAAAUCAAAGACAUGGGAAUGUCUUUGACCCUAGUCUUCCGCAUCUUCCCCUGUCCACCAGCAGCAGUAUGAUCCUUGGGCGGCAGCAGUCUGCCAUGGAAAAGAGAGGCAGCAUUGUCCGAUUUAUGUCUGAUGGCCCUCAAGUGUCUAAUGACAAUGCAGCCCCUGACCAACAUACUCUGUCUCAGAAUUUUGGGUUCCCUUUUAUUCCGGAGGGUGGCAUGAAUCCACCGAUAAAUGCCAACGCCUCUUUCAUCCCACCAGUCACUCAGCCUAGCGCCACUCGAACGCCAGCUCUCAUCCCGGUCGAUCCUCAGAAUACUCUGCCGUCCUUCUAUCCACCGUACUCUCCUGCCCAUCCUACCCUUUCCAAUGACAUUUCUAUCCCUUACUUUCCCAAUCAGAUGUUUCCUAACCCAACCACAGAGAAGCCGAGUAGUGGAAGUUUAAACAAUCGAUUUGGAUCCAUUUUGUCUCCUCCCAGGCCUGUUGGUUUUGCUCAGCCCAGUUUUCCUUUGCUCCCGGAUAUGCCGCCGAUGCACAUGACCAACACAUCGCACUUAUCCAAUUUUAACUUAACGUCUUUGUUUCCAGAAAUAGCCACAGCUCUUCCUCCGGAUGGUUCAGCGAUGUCGCCUUUGCUGUCCAUCGCAAACACAUCUGCUUCAGAUUCUUCCAAGCAGUCCUCAAACCGACCUGCCCACAAUAUAAGCCAUAUUCUAGGUCAUGACUGCAGCUCAGCUGUAUGAAAACUGAUAGACUGACUUCUAGUCUGAUGUGUUGUUUAUGUAUUUAAGAAGAAGAAAGUGGAUCUUAUUGGCAUCCCUGAAGAGACCAUUCGUAGCAUCACUGUUUAUUUGCCUAAAUGUAUGUAUAUGGGUACUUCUUGUAUUUAUAUACACACUGUAUUUCCAUCCACCUUACUAACUUUAAAGCACCAGUGCCUAUAGCAAUGCUUACUUGUAAACAGUAAGGAUGCAACAUUGAGAGCUGUGCAAAUAUUGGUUGUUGAUUUUCCAACAAUCAAGUUUGAUGUCCAGUUGUUCCGGGGUAAGGGCCACCCUCAGUAACACGUGGAGUGAGAGCAUCUAUAUGGAAGACGGGAUAUAUGGUACAGGUUUGGUUUUGUUUCUGUUGUGUUUACCUGAAACUACAGACAAACGUGGAAGUGGCUUGGGUUUCUCUCUUCCCUUUUGUAAAGUAUCUUCAGGAGCCUCUGCACAAGUCAAGGCUGUGUUAGCCCAGCAUUGACAGGUAAAGGCAUUUUGUUGGGCAGCUUUUGGCUGCCUGAAGCUUGUCACAUGCACUUGACUUAAGGCUGACCUCACCUGGCAAAAAUUAGUGUGUGUUUCCAUGGCCAGCAAUUCAAAACAGUGGUUUAGAAAAUUCAGAUUUCUUUAACCCAUGACUUUCUGUUUCUAAAAAGAAUUUUGUUUGGAUCUCUUCUAACAGUGGCUUCAGUUACUGCUGAAUGCGGUCAAUGUUUUAAUGUAGCUCAUGACUCCUUUUGGCAUUGUCAGCAGAGACAGCAGUUGUAUUUGUUGCCAUUUCAGCGUUCAUAUGCUGCAAGUUACCUCAGGGUGGGUUUUGUACCUUGUUUAGCACCUUCUUAAUGUCUGUCUGGGGUUUUUUUACCCCCUCUCCUUUUCUUUGGCCCCUGCUCAGACACCAGCUUUCUGGUUCCUGUGAGUGGCAGCCCUUUGUUGUACCAGGUAGCACAUGAGAUGAGGACUGAGCCUGUGGCAUCCUGCAGAAUGAGCAGGGACCCCUGGGGACACAGCUUUUACAUAACGUUGCUGAUAGGAUCUUGCUGACAGGAUUGAGCCCAAGUUAAUAUCAGUACUCUGCACUUGAAUGCACCUUUUGUCUAAACCUGUGUGGUCGUGGCUGGUGGUGAGGAACAUGAACAGGUCACAACUGAAAUGCUGCAUGCUAGGAAGAUGUGAUUUGAGCACUACUGGGAAGGGGGGUGCUUUGGAUGUGCAUGAGAGAUGGAGUGAAUGCAUGAGUGCUGGCUGAGUCUCCAGUACUGAGACAAAUUUCAGUCCCAUUUUUUUUAAAGGAAAGGGAAAAACUAGGUAAGUUUUAUUUAUUUAAUGGCUCUGCAGUGUGCUUUCUCUUCAAACAAGGCAGUAGUAUUUGUCUCUUAUUUUUAUGUGCUUGGAAAUACCAUUCUGGCUUUGAUCCUUCAAAUAACAAAGUCAUUUCAGGUUUCCUUGUAUGCAAUCCUCCCCCUGCCAGCCAGGGAGUGGCAAAAACUGCUCUGGGGCCUCUUCUCUGGGCACAGUAAGCUUGAAACGUGUGUUGCUCACCAGUGCAUGGUCUUGCUGCUCCUGGAACCUGUCACAGGUUCUUCCCCAUAGCCUCUCCUAGUGGAGAGCAGACUCCCUGGGACUUUUGUGGGGACUUUCUUCUUUCUUUGAAAGGCAAAGAGGAGGUUACUCCUCUAUUUCCAAGAACAGGACCCACAAAAAGGGACCUGAUAAACAUUUUUCCGUAGCUUGACUGCCCAGGCCUUGUUUUUGCUAAGUAUUUUUAUACCUAUCCAGGAAAGUAAAGAAGCUUUAGCAUACUAAUUAAUUGAACUGUGUCUGUAGUCCAUCCUGACAAUGUCUCUGCGCUUGUAACCUGCGGUCUGAUGUUUUCCUGCAGUUAAUGGCUCUGAUUCAAAUUGGGAAUCACUUUUUAAUUCAGAUGAAGCUUAUCUUAGGACACUAAAACCCAAGCAGUGCAUCAGUUCUUUGUGUUUCUUAAAUAGAUUGACUCUUUAUUUCACUUCACACAAGGCAGCUUGCCUAAGUUCAACUGUAAAACAGGCUGCCAAAGUGUGGCUACUGACUGAAUGGCAGCAACUGGCCUGUGUGGAGCAGGAGGGUCAGGAAGGACGCUCAGCCCGCAACUUCAAACCAAGGGAACUGCGGGUCUGGAUCUUACCUGAUGAGACUCUUGAUCAAAUUGAUUUCCCAAGCACAGUAAACUCCAAAGGGGCUGCCUUGAAGUGAGUUCCAUAGCAAUCAGCGGCUCCAUUAGUUCUGGAUGAUAAAGACAGGGGUGUUGAAGCAGCGGCUACCUUGUGUGUUACAUACUCAUCUGGAGCUUGAGGAGGGAAGCAAAACAGUCAUUCUUGCACUCUUUAAAUGGCAUUGUGUGUGCAUUGGUGUAUUUGGCUUUCAGGACAAAGUAGUCAAAAAGCCCUGGCUUCCAGGACUUCAUAUAAGGUUGUUAAUCCUGCUUGUCAUUCCAGACAUUCAUGUAGUACCACAUUAGUUUCCUCUGCUGGGAAAACUGCUCUGCUUCAUGAUGUCUUUGAAAACUGGAGUGAGCUUGUGAACUUACACAGGCCAGUUGCAACAGUUGAAUGUUCAUGUGUCCACAGGGCCCGAUGGGAUUCACCCCAGAGUACUGAGGGAGAUAGUGGAUGUUACUGUAGGACCCCUCUCAAUCAUCUGCCAAAGGUCUUGGCAGUUUGGUUAUGUCCCUGCUGGCUGGGAGCUAGGCAGUGUUAUUCCAAUCUACGGAAAGGGUGUGAGAGACAAACACCUUGGGGAACUAUGGAGCUGUGAGUCUAACCUUAGUUCCUAGAAAAAUUAUGGAGAAGACUAUACUGGGUACUAUUGAAAGGCAUUAAAAGAACAGUGCAGUCACCAAGGCAAUCAGCACAGGUUCACAAAGGAAGAGUCCUGUUUAACUCAUUGGAUAUCCUUGUACAAUAAGGUCACCUGCCUAGUGGGUGAAGAGAAGGUGGUGGAUGGAGUUUUCCUGGACUUUAAUAAGGCUUUUGAUGCUGUCCCUCACAGUAUCCUUCUGCACAAGUUGCCCAGCUUGUGCAGAUCCCAGCUGUGGGAUGAGCUAAUCCAUGGCGUGUUGGGUGAAGAACUGGCUGAAGGGCAGAGCUCAAAGGGCUAUAGUGAAUGGAGCUGUAUCUAGCUGGUGACCAGUCACCAGUGGUGUUCCUCAGGGUUCAAUUUUAGGGCCAGUUCUGUUCAAUGUAUUUAUCAAUGAUCUGGAUGCAGAAGAUGAAUGCACUGUAAGCAAGAUUGCUGAUGAUACCAAACUGGCAGGUCCUAUUGACUCUCUUAAGGGACAGGAGGCCUUGCAGUGGGAUGUAGCUAGGCUGGAGCAUUGGGCAGUGAUUAAUGGGAGGCAGUUGAACAAGCAGAAAUGCCGGAUGCUGCAGCUGGGACAGUAGCACUGGGCACAAGUACAAACUGGGAGAGUGGUGGCUGGAGGCAGCCCUGCAGGAAGGGCCUGGGGGUGCUGGUUGGCAGCAGCUCAGUAGGAGCCAGCAGGGUGCCCGGGCAGCCCAGAGGGCAAACCCCAUCCUGGUGUGUUAAACACAGCGCAACCACAGGUCAAGAGAGGUGCUUGUGCUGCUGUGUUCAGCGUUGGUGCGGCCUCACCUCGAGUGCUGGGUGCAGUUCUGGGCCCCACCAUUUAAGAAGGAUGUGAAGGUCCUUGAAUGGAUCCCGAGGAGGGCACCGAAGCUGGUGACAGGGCUGGGAGGCAAGUCCUGUGAGGAGGGCUGAGCACUUUCGGCUUGUCUGGUUUGGAGAGAAGGAGGUUGAGGUGCAACCUCAUCACUCUCUACAGCUGCCUGAGGAGGGGAGGUGGAGAGGAAGGUGCUGAGCUCUUCCCUCGGGUAUCCAGUGAUAGAAUACAUGGGAAUGGUUCAGAGUAGGGCAGGUUUAGACAGGACAUUAGGAAGCAUUUCUUCACUGAGAAGGUGGUCAGGCACUGGAACAGGCUUCCUAGAGAGGUGGUCGAUGCCCCAGGCCUGUCAGUGUUCAAGAGGCAUUUGGACAAUGCCCUUACAACAUGCUUUAACUUUUGGUCAGCGUGGAAUAGGUCAGGCAGUUGGACUGGGUGAUCAUUGGAGGGCCCUUCCAACUGAAACUGUCUAGCCUAUGCUAUAUAUUUAUUCUUUCAUACUGAUUUUACUAUUCAUUUCAUUGGUGUUAUAGCGAGGUCAAAUGUGAUCCUGAGUAUUCACAGUAGAAUAGGUCAGCUGGGAUUUAGCUUGGUUGGUUUUUUGUUAAUGUUGUACAUCAUUUUCUGAAGAGGCAGUAACUGUGUCAGUCACUUCCAUGAGCCUCUUUUCUGUUCAGAAAGACGACUGAAAAAGAGUGCCCUUAUUCCCAGGAUGCCUAUAGCGCAGGUAAUCACAGCGCAGGCACUGCAGUGAUACAGAGACUACCAAGAUUUGGCAGGAACUGCACCAUUUUGUGGUGUGUGGCUCAAAAGUAAUGACCAUGGGCCCGUCAGUCUUCCUAGAGGAUUGGACCUCACAUUGCUGUGACAGGGCAUGGUGAUUCCUGUGGCAUCACCACGCCGCUUUGUCAUCCUUCCCAGGACUUCCUCUGAAACCUGCUGAGACCAGGAUGGAGAAAUACCAUUUCCUUACCCUCUUUGAACAUGGCAAUUGCUAUUGAAGUUCAACCACACACCAGUGUGAGUCUUUUUGUGUGCCAUAAUUGAUGCUGAAUGGUUGUCUGGCAUUGAUGUGGGGUCAGGAACACUGCUUUGAGAAGCAAGCUAGGCAGAGCUAGCUGCGAGAGCCUCCUAUGAACAAAUGGUCUGAACUCUGUUCUUUACAGUGAUGACUGCCUCUUAGAUCAAUUUAAUUAAAGACAAACAGGCUCUGUUGCGCAGGCUUUUGGUCUAGUUGACUGUCCAAGAUGGUCUUUGAAUGCUUAAUCUGGUCAGGUCCCCUGAGCAACUCAUUGGUUUGCCACAGAUUUCAGCUUCUCACAUGCUGAUAUGCUUAUAUGCCUUCAGGAGGAACAGUGGGUAUUUCACAUCAAAAGAGAGGAAAUCUGAUGUUAAGUAAUUUUGGUUAUUUUUUCAUUAUGAAAUUGUUUUGGUUUUCCUCUUUACCAUAAACUAAUCACUCCUGUUUCACACUGACCAGGCGUCUUGCAUUUACUUUGUAGGUCAGAUUGUGCCACUGACAGGUCUGUGUUUCAGCUUCCAUCUCCUGGCCCUUUCCCAGAGCUUUGGCCUCUUGCUCUCAGGAAGAAGAACGAUGGCAACAUCUUUACCAUUGAGUGGAAACUAUUCUUUCUUUUCUUUCUUUUUAGUUUUCUUUUCUUUUUCCUUUCCCCUACCCCUGAAGCUGUUGUGUUUCAGUAUCGGGUUGUUAUGAUGUUAAGGAAGGUUCACCUUCCCUUCAUCUAUGCCAGGAGAAGCGGUGAAGUUUGUUUGUCAAACUGUCACCAUACAAAUACAUUUUCUUCAGCAAACAUCUGUGAUGCCAACCUGGCAAUUAACAGUCCCUUUGUUUCUCAAGGUAUAUUUGGAAAAGAUCUUGUGGGUUUAGUUGCAACUUGUUAGCCCAGGAAUGGCAUUUUCUCUUCCAUAAUACCUUUUAGAUGGUUACUUACACUAAGUGGGGGUUUGUUUUAACUUUGAAGAAGUAAAAAUACCCAGUACUGCUUAAUUAAGCAAAAUCAGCAGCAGAAGGGAGAGCGCUACCUCUAGAGUGAGACUGCCACCAUCGUGGCAUAGCUGUGGCUUUCAGCUUGGCCUAAGUGACUUUAACGGACAAUAGCAAAGUUAUUUGCUGGAUUGCAUGUAUGCCAGUGUAGCCCUUGAUUAAUCCCAUAAGUAGCCUGGGAGAGUAAGAGCAGAGUCAGACUGAGUUGCAAGCAGGCAAUAGAAAAGUGAUGUGUUAACGUUAUCUACCCUUUCAGUGAGAGAAAGGACCUCAGUUAAGGACAGGUAAGGAUUCUAAGAACUGAUUUGAGCCGGUGGCUGAGCCUGACUGGCAUGUUUCCUGCUCCCAGCUCCAGUCACUAUGCUGCUGCCCAGGUGGAAGAGCACCCCUGAUAAAUAAACUCACGCUGUGCUAGUGCAGAGCCUCCUGAAUGCAUGUUGGACACAUUUCCUACUGCACUUUAAAGCUGUGCUGCUGCUGUGGUUGGUGACUGCUGCUGUUGCAGGAAAUCAGUCGUGUGGCAGGGCAACUGCAGAGGCAUUGCUGGAGGAAAGGGGUUGUUUCCUCAUCUCAGAUUUCCUGUUGUCUUUUCACCUUAUCCAGAGGUACUUGUGCAGCCUUGGCUCGAGGACUUGGCCACAAACUCCUGCUGUUUCUGGAUGACUUGAGUGUAGUCAGCUGUGCUGAGAGCCAUGAUCUUUCAUUAGUCCCCAAAUAAGUUCCAUGCUCAUCACUUUAUAACGCUCUCAUUUGGACUGGAAAGGCAGAGCAGCAUUGAAUCUAUUUAUACGAAAUUGGUCACAUUUGUGUUGUUUUCUCAUACAGUGACAUAAGGAGCUCCAUUCUGUAUUGUCAUGUAACACAAGUUACCUACUGCUGCUGUUCCCUUCUCCCGCUGCCACUGAUCCAGCACAAGGAGCAGCCCCAAGGAUAGGAGUGCCAGUGCAGACACAGGUUUGCUUGUGAGGGUGUUUGCCUUUGCAGUCCCUAGAGUAAAUGGAAAACCUCAGAGCACCAACACUUUCUUCCCUCUGGUCACACUAAAAGCAAGUUAUUCUGUGAACCAGUGAAAGAUUCAGCAGAGGUUUUUGGUCACGGCAAUACAAAACUGUCUUCUCUCUGUGAACAAGCCCUGCUUUUAGUUACACAGAAGCCAUUUUUUUAUCCACUGAUACCAGUUUUUAGGAGAUAAAUGUAAAAUAAAAUUUAAAAAAAGGCAUUUCUUUCUGUCUCAGCAGAACUAUUUUUACCAGCAGGUUUCAAAGUUUGCAAUAUGUGCUGCUGGUUUUGGCAAUCACCAACAUGAAACAACCAAGCUCGCAGUGGGUCAUAGCCCUGUUCCUGCCUGCUCACUGUGAGAAGGGAAGCAAAGAUGGAUUUUGCCACAGGAGAUUAAUCAAAGAUGCUGUUGCCCUCCACAAUGAAUUAUUUAUAUUCAGUCCAGAGUUUUCUGCUGUGCUUCUGUUUUAUACAGCUGUAAAGUGCUUGGAUACAGCCCCAUGGAAAGUCCUUACUAUUUUGUAAUGGCAAAAAGGAACUCUGCAGUAGAAAUCUAUAAUGAAUGAACAGGAACAUCACCUUCCUAUUGUAAAUAAGAUCUUGUUCUGUUUAUUUUGACAGCUUUUUACAAAUGUGUUGCAUUCAGGUGUAAAUAUCCCAAACCAUGAUCUUGUUCAGAGUUCGGAGAUUUCUAUUGUUAAAUGUAAUACUUUGUUUAAUAGUUGUAAUAAUUAUUUGUAUAGAUAUGAACAUGAUAGUAUUUUAUUAAAAAAAAAAGGAAAACCCUGUGA